AUGUCAAGUGAUGAAGAAGCAUCCCCAAUAGAGGCAACACCUGAUUUACGAGACCAACUUAUGCUUCUAAGCCACAUGUUUGAUCCAAAUGCAGACCAAAACGCUUGAAAGCACGACAAAGUCUGCAUUGUUUGCUUGGACGAGUUUUCCGCUUUUGGAAAUCGCAAAAGGUUCUGUAAAUUCUGCUACAGAGGAGUCUGUGAAAAAUGCUCGCUACACAAAGGUUUCCACCCUGAGCUAAAUCGUGCAGCCAGAAUUUGUGAUAAUUGCUACAACACAGGACUAGAAGACCAAGUAAAAAUUACCUAUGAAAAAGAUAUAGCAAAAGAAAAAGAACUGAGCGAAGAGCUUAAUCAAGAAAUCGUCCAUGAAGAAAGCUUGAAGUCUAUUUUUAAUCAAAAUUUAGAAGUCUUAAGAAAUGAUAUUGAGAAAUGCAAAAUGGACCUUUCUUCUAAAGAAAUCGAGUUUGCAAAUAUGCACAUCGAGAUUUCAGAAGAAAUCAGAGAAAUUGAAAAUGAUGUAGAAGAGUUGAAAGAAAAAUUAAGUGGAGUUGAGACUGAAAAAGAAAAUAAUGAAAAGGAACUUGAAGAGCUCAGGACAGAAAUUUUGGAUUUAAAGAGACAGAGAGAAGAUGUAGCAGAAGAAAAAUCUAAGAUAACCUGGCAAGUAGAUAGUAUUGAUGAUGAAAUCGCGAAGAUAAAAGAACAGAUUGCUGAAAAAGAAGCGAAUAAUAAAGCUAAUGAAAUUGAUGAACAUAUGGAUGAAAAGCAAGCAGAAAAAGAAUUAAAACAAAAACUUGCAAGGGUUAAUGAACAGCUUGAAGAUGUGAGAAAAGAAAAUGAUAAUUUAAAGAAAAAAAUAAUCCCAAAAAAGCAUGAGAAAGAAGAAAAAUUGAGAAAAUUGGACGAGAAAGAGAAAGAGAAAGAAACAAAAGUAGUUAGACAAGAAGGGGAAGAAAUCAAGAAACUGAGAGAGAAAUCUGAGGCACAACGACUGGAAAUAAUACAGCUGCAGCUAAGGAUUGAUAGAAGCAAAGAGUCACAAGAGAUGAUGAGAAAUAAUAAACCUCAAGAGAGAGAAACAAAGCAAUGCAAAUGCGUGAUUCAAUAA